CUGGCGCUCACCCAUCCGAAACUCUUUCCCUCCACUCGUGCUCGCGGCCGCCGCGAUGCCGCCGCCGCCGCCGCCGCUGGUGCACCUCCGCCUCCGGCUGUCCCUGCUCGCGCUCCACCCUUCCCGUCUCCCCUCCUCUCGCCGAUUCUCCUCUACGACAUCCGUCCCAGCCACCGUUCGUCCUCUCUCCCUCCGCCGCGGCAGCCGAUGCCGCACUCCCCUGCGCGCCACGCAGGGCGAGGCCGCCGUACCGGAGGGGUUCGAAGAUGAGCUGGGAAGGCUCCUGGAGCUGCUCCCGGGGGAGCUUCGGCGGCGGGUUGAGGACCACCCGGAGCGCCCCGCGCUGGUGGAAGUGGUCAUGGACCUCGGCCGCCCUCCGCUCGCCCGCUUCCCCUCCGGCGACUUCCUCCUCUCCGACCGCCCCAUCUCCUUUGAAGACCUCGAUCAAGCCACCGCGAAGGUUGGGGACUUUGGAGGGGACAAUCGUGCUGGAAUUAGCCGGACGCUGCACCGGAUUAGCGCGAUUAGGAACAGGAAGGGAGACAUUGUGGGGCUGACUUGCCGCGUCGGGAGGGCUGUGGCAGGAAGUGCUAAUUUGCUUCAGGAUUUGGUGAAGGAUGGUGGCUCGUUGCUGCUCAUCGGCCCACCAGGGGUUGGGAAGACAACCGUCAUAAGAGAAAUUGCCCGUAUGCUAGCAGAUGACUAUGAGAAGCGGGUGAUGAUUGUUGAUACAUCUAACGAGAUAGGUGGAGAUGGUGAUAUUCCUCACCCAGGAAUUGGUAACGCCCGUAGGUUGCAAGUGCCUAACCAAGAAAUGCAACAUAAGGUGUUGAUAGAAGCUGUGGAAAAUCAUAUGCCUCAGGCAAUCGUCAUUGAUGAAAUUGGAACUAAGCUAGAGGCUAUGGCUGCCAGCACCAUUGCACAGCGGGGUAUACAACUUGUCGCCUCCGCCCAUGGUAUAACAAUAGAGAACCUGACAAUGAAUCCAUCACUAGAUAUGCUUGUGGGAGGGAUACAGAGUGUCACCCUUGGCGAUGAAGAAGCAAACAGGAGAAGGGGCCAAAAAACUGUCCUGGAGCGCAAGGGCCCAUCAACAUUCACAUAUGCUGUUGAGAUCGUGUCCAAAACUGAAUUACGUAUCCAUCGCAGUUUGGAAGCUACAGUAGAUGCUCUGCUUGCAGGCAGACUGCCUAAUGUUGAAGUUCGUAAGUUGGGUUCAAACAUGUCAGUUCAGCAGGAUGUUUCUGUGCACAAGGAACAAUUUCCUCCUGGUCCUUACCAAACUGCAUCUCAAUUUGUGGUUGAUUCUCUAAGUAACGCCAGAACAAGCUUGGACUCUGCAUUUCAUCUUGAUUCUGCAAAAGGACAUAUGGAGUUGUCCAAUGAAUCUGAGGCAGGCUUUAACUUAUAUGCUUAUGGGAUAUCGGAGGAAACUGCCUUGCAAGCUAUCAGGCAACUUGAGCUGGAGGACAUGAUUACUUUAACGUAUAAUAUCAGUGAAGCUGAUGCAGUGAUUGCCUUACAAUCAAAGCUGAAGAAGAAUUCCCAGAUUCAGGCUGCCGUAAAAUCUCAAGACAUACCAGUUUUCUUUGUUAAGACAAAUACCCUGGUGCAAAUAACCAGGGCACUUCGGGUCCUUGUUGAUGAUCACAUGGACGAGCUGAUAGAUAAUGAGGAUAAGGAGGAACCAAGAUCAUCAGAGGAAACCGAUGCUUUGGAGGAAGCAAGAUUAGCAGUUGAGCAAGUAGUUAUUCCAAAAGGGGAGAGCAUGCAGCUACUUCCGAGACCAUCAACCAUCAUCUCCUCCCAAGUGAAUAUUGUUGAAAGCUUCAACCUCAAGUGGGAAGUCAUAGGCCAGGAGCCAAACGUUUGCCUGAGAAUCCUUCCACAAUUUGCGGAUAGAGAAAAAGGUACCGCCUCGGAGCAAGCAAGUGCACCUGGGCUCACAGAUUCAGACAACUCCGAUGGCACGGACUAUACACAGACCGGUGUCGCCAGGCUACCCUUCCUCCCAGAGUAGCAUCGUUUUGAGUCCUUGUGGCAGUAGUGCCUUUACCUAACUGUAUAUUCCGUUGCUUCCUUUUUACAGCCAUUCGCCCUUGUUGAUACCCUGGUGAUUUUCAUCAGAAAGUAAUCCUGUUUACAGUGGCUAGCUGAAAGGCAGAUACAUAGAUAGUGCUGCUCUACUCAUACAGAACAGAAUCGGAUCCGACUCAGAGUUACCUGACAA